AUGGAAAACAAUAAUAACCAUCCAUUGUCGCCGUUUAACUUAAACGAUGAUUCGGAAAUCCUUAAUACUUAUCGAUACGUCAAUGGUAGAAGGUAUCAUAAUGUCCCAGGCGUCGAUUACUUUUUGCCUAAUGAUGAGGAGGAAGUUUCGAGGUUAGAUUUACAGCAUAAGUUAGUUCGGUAUGCAUGGGAAGGCAAUUUCACGGCGCCAAUGCACAAAAGACUUUCAGAAGGGAAUUGCCGCGUUUUAGAUGUUGGUUGUGGCAGUGGUGCAUUCAUUAUGGACUUGGCGGAAGAUUAUCCAAAGAAUUCGUACGUUGGAAUUGACAUAUCUGAUACUUUCCCAGGAGAAAGCGUACAUGUUCAAUGGAAAGAGAAGGUAAUUCCUGAGCUGUUAAGAGUUUUGAAGCCAGGGGGCUGGAUUGAAUUAAUGGAGUUUGAUUUAAUUUGGUUUUCUUUAGGUCCCAAAACUGGUCAGGUUACGAAAAUUGAUCAAUUACAAAAACGUGGAAUUAGCAUAAUAAUGAGCACCAGAAUUGCGGAAUUAUUGAAAGAAAGCAACGUUCAGAAUAUGCAAAUCAUAUCCAAGUCUCUUCCAAUAGGCCCCUGGGGAGGAAAACUCGGAGAAUUGUUAUACAAAUCUCAUAUUCAAGUAGUUACACCUGUAAUGGAGCGUUUGGUGAAAAGUGUUAAAAUGACUAUUGAAGAAUAUCUUGAGAUCUCCACCCGUGAAACUGAUGAGCAUAAAACCUAUGCUAUGUCCCACAGAAUUUUUGGAGUUAAGCCUCAAAAUUGA